CGGCCUUUACUUGUUCAACUUAAAGAGACAACUAUUAACAUUGCUUUCCUUCUGUUUGGAAGAAAUAUCCUGCCUCUUGUCGUAGAAUUGUAUUGUCUCGCAAAGCUACUACAUGCUCAUCACACAAAUCACAAAUCACCUACUCACUGCCCUUUGAACACGUUUCCAUUACUUAUUCCCUGAAAAUUCAACUUAUCGAAACACCUCAACUAAAAUUCGACAAUCUACUUUCACCCUCUUUUCCUCGCUUCCUGCGGUCAAAUUUCAAACACAUUUUCAUCACUUCUCGUUUCUCACUCACCUAGGGCGUUUCGACACCCUGAAAAUCAUCCUCCGUCAUGUCUGACCAGGAACACCUUCCUGUUGACGGUGGGACAAAAGAGAACACUGCCCACUCCAAUAGCAACGAUAUCGUCUGUUCCACCGAAACGUUCGACACUUGUGUAUCCCACAUCACCACCAUGACCGGGCUAUCAACACUUGCCAGCAACAAACCCGCCAGCCCAGAUCCACGCUAUAGCCAAAUCGACCCAAUUAACAUUGCUUUACGCCGCGUAUUCACUAUUUCGGAAGCCCAUCCUAUCGUGGAAGCUUGGCAUGCCGGGCUCAAGGAAUACGUCCUCGACUCAAUACGCGAUCAGACCACAUGGGUCGCAAUUGACGUGUUGAGAUGCGGAUACUUUGACCGCGAGCUUUCACGUAAUCUCGUCACGAUCAUCAUCACUGUGGAAUCAGAAGCGGAUUCUCCAGUCUGGGAGACCAUUUCACGCUCAAUCCGAGAGGAAUGCCUGGCCCGGGACCUCAAAGAUAUCGACGUGCUUGUCGUCAAUGGAACUGUCGUUGUGGCGAAUGAGAAAGAGGAGGGUUCCUUUUGGGACAGUUUAAUGGAUUUAUGUCAGACUUCCUGUGAAAUUGGCAGCAGCAUUGGUCGUGUACCUAGAGCCACGGGCGAGGAGGCGUCAUCAUCAUCACAGGGAGCUGUUGCGGGUUCGCUCGGCGGGUAUGUUGUCGUGACGAUAAAUGGAAAGGAAAAGGUUCUGGCGAUGACGAGCCAUCAUGUUGCUGUGGGUCCUGAUAACCCAGCUGUCAAGCCAAACGACCCAGACAAGCCACUAGCCAAUAUCCCUUCUCUUUCAGACCACCGCGACGCAAUGCAACAACAGCGUGACGACAGUAAACGGUAUCUCGAACAGGCGCGGAAGAUUAAAAACACCCUCAAAGAAACAGAAGUUACAGAACACGAGACAGGAGCCACAACCACACCUCACUCGCAGCUGAGAAGAAUACGCCUGCUCGAAAAAUUUGCAGCCGAAGCCACAGAUUCAAUUGAGCAGGUUCAAGAUUUCGACUGCAGUUUUGGACAAGUCUAUGCGUCUUCCGGAUUCAGCAUUGACUGGGCGCUUGUCGAAUGCGAUCCGAAUAGGAACAGGAUCCCCACAAUCCCAAAUAAGUUCCCCUCAAGACUCUUUCAAGAAUACCCACGCCAUUCCUCCUAUGUAUUCGACCGCGAAGACAUCAGUGGAAUCGCAAAAUUUAAGCCAGGUGAAGUUGUUAUGAAAUAUGGACGGUCCACACGUACCACAAGGGGUACAGUAAACCCGAUCAGCUCGGUAAUUAGGCUGCCACUGCCACUGCCACUGCCACUGCAAUCACAGUCAUUAAUCUCCUCCUCGAUGACAAAGUCGGUGGUCGAGCAGCGAUGCUACGUUGGUCACGGCAAGCAUUUUCAGAAUUUCUCAGAACCGGGAGAUGUCGGCUCCUGGAUCUUCACUACCCUCGGCGGUUCGCUUGCUGCGAUGCUCCUUGCGCAGAAUACGGUCUUUGAACAGACCUAUGCCACGGAUGCGACUGCGGUGUUUGCGGAUAUUGAAGGACCGUUGGGAUGUAAGGUGCGGUUGCCCUCCGAUGAGACUGAUUGAGCGGGGGCCCGGCCGGGACGAGGAACCAGGGAGAAAAAGGGGGAGGGAGGGUUGGGAAGAAAGGAAAGGAAAAGAAAGGAAGGUAAGGACAAGAUAAAGUAAUCUCUUUGCCAUUAUAUAACCAUCUAUUGGCAUUUGGGCAUAAAUGGCAUAGUAAAGGCGCGCCGCGCGAGUACGGAAUACCUAGUUACGUGAAUCUCACAAUAAAACUACCUAGGGUACUCAAUGAUUCUUCUACACUCAUUUCAAUUUCAAGGGGACCCCGGACAAUAUUAGACAGAGGUCAAAGAGGACAAUACUAGACAGAGGUAAAAAUCAAGAUGAAAUGAAAUAAUAUAUAUAGCCAC